UUAGUCAUGGAUAAAUCUAAUGCAAUACUUAUUCAUUAUUUUCAAUUCCAUACAAUGCGAACUUUUUCCAAAGGGUAAGUGAACUCAUCGCUCGAAACAACAUUUGCCUAUGCAGCCAUCUGAAACAAAAAACAAAACAAAACUGAAACAAAAAUUGACUGAGUCGCAAGACUUGCUAGCGUUUUCAAACCUGAGGAACGGAGAGUUUCUCGCCCGCUAGUCGCGAGAAAAUUGGGGAGAGAGCUUGUCGAAGUGGUGGAGCGAGCGAGGUUAGAAUGUGGAAAAAAGCGGGAAGAAGCUCUUUCGUUUGGACCGUAGCACUUGCUAUGCAGGCUAACUUCCCAGGCCGCCGGAGAAACAACAACAACAAAAAAUAGAUAAAUAAAUAAAAUAAAAUUAAAAAAAAAGAGAGAUCGCACUGUGCAGGUCAUGAGCUUUGGGCGCCUCGAUUCGAUGACCGGUUCAUAAAGUUCGCUAUGAGAAUCACUUUUUCCGCUAUCAUCCAUAAGCAAACUAAGAUCUUUAUUACUGAAUAUAUUAUUAUUGUUAUUUUUUGUAGGAAAAGAAAACAAGAAAGCUUAUUUUGAAGUGAAAUUUGCGGAGGUUGAACCAAUCUGCUACCCAGUGGCUUGGCUGUUUAGGUUGAAACUAAGCCAAGCGGAAAUAAACAGCUGAUGAAUUCGCAAAACCCGGCUGAUCAUCAAAACAGCUGAUUGGAAACGGGUGACUGGAUUUGUUUCCUUUAUUACCUGCGAAAGCCAAUUGAAAGAAACCAUUUCGGGUGCCGGUCGAAUGAACACAUCAACUGUAAACACUGUCUUGCAACGUCCACUCUGAUUGGUCGGGAAGAGUGAGGUAUUGUUUUAGGACGGUAACAAGAAUUUAGUUAUUUGGAAUUGAAAAUUGUGUAGUUUUUCUUCGUUUUACACGUUUGGGGUUACUUAAAGAAAGUAAAAGGGUUUAUUUUGAACGUUUAUUUGUGGUAGAAAGUGACACUUUUGUUUAAAAAAAAAUAGUUUUAGUCCGUUUUUAUGCGUUUUUGGGUAAGUGUUUUCAUAUGAUCAAAAGCUAUCUUCAUAGAAACCUGGAAUGUGGCAUUCCUCUGCUGUGCCGCAUUCAAAUUUUUAACUUCAGCCUUCGGUCACCUGAUCAAUAAAGACAGCUGUUUCCCGCCGAUUUAGGUGCUUUUCAAGUGAGGUACUCUUUCGCUUGUUUGCUGUGAAUUGCAGCAAAUCUUCGCGCUUGUAAUAAUCUUUCGCUAGGAAACAAUAGAAAUAAGACUUGUGAGUGGAAUUGUAAGCUCUGCGUUCCUCUGAGGUGAAUGAAAAUGUCAUUUUAUACCCGAACUGCCGACAAACGUAAAGCUUUCGAGGUGGACGAGCUCUACGAGGAUGACGAUUGCAGGUUUAAAGUCGAAGUGGUGGACAAUCGAGAGCGGGAGCGAAAACUGCGGCGGGAAAUUGCAAACUCGAACGAGCGACGACGUAUGCAAAGUAUUAACUCCGGUUUCCAAGCACUGAGAUUGCUGAUUCCACACAGCGAAGGUGAAAAAUUAAGCAAGGCUGCAAUCCUGCAGCAGACGGCCGAGUAUAUUUUUGCCCUGGAGCAAGACAAAACUCGUCUUCUGCAGCAGAACACGACUUUGAAGCGAAUUCUGAGCCAGUGCGAUCGAGAGGGAGCAAACAGUACGGAUUCAAAGCGAUCUUCGCCGAAAAAAGCCAGAACUGAUCAAGAACCACGUGCGCAGGAAAAUAUCAAGGACGAUGAAAACAACAACGUUUUACACAGCGAUGACUACGUUGAAGAAAUACAAAAGGAACUCAUUGAACUGAGGUGCCAGCUGGAACGUGAAAGGAGGCUGCGGAUCAACGUGGAAGAUAAAAAGAAGCAACUUGAAUUAGAUUUGGCGGAUGCUAAAUCGAAAUCAAACGAAAAACCGCAAAAAGCGCUCGCAACAUCUCGCCAAAACUUAGACACGAUCGUCCAAGCGAUCAAACAUCUCGAAGGCGACAAACCCGAUCUCAUCGAAACCCCUACAAAAUGUAAAGCCGAAGCUUCGACGAACGGCUCAUCAAGCAGUGAAAAUGCUUCCAGACGGCUCAUAGUUUAAACUCGUCUCGAGAGUUUU